UGGACACGGAGGGGAUAGCAGCGCCGACCUGCCAGCCGCACAUUAGACUCGCUCGCGUUCUCGGGGCAGUUAAAGCGCAACUGGUCGCUCGCUUCCUCGGCUCUGCACUCACUGACGAACCGGAAUGGCCGACGGGCACUUCAGUAGGCUUCGCACGCCUUUGCGCGACCCCUUCCGCGAAACGCCACUCGCCUCGCGGCUGCUGGACGACGACUUCGGCAUGGUGCCCUUCUCGGACGAGCUGGACUGGCCCAGGUGGGCUCGGCCGCGGCUCAGUUCGUCGUGGCGCAGCGGGAUGGCGCCGGGCUUUUCCAGGUUCGGCGAGCUACGGCCAGAGCCCCGCGAGGAAGCCGCGCGUGUCGAAGGAGAGCCCUGGAAAGUGUGCGUCACCGUCCACAACUUCAGGCCAGACGAGCUGACUGUCAAGACCAAAGACGGCUUCGUGGAGGUGUCAGGCAAGCAUGAAGAGAAGCAAGAAGAAGGAAGUAUAGUCACCAAAAAUUUCACAAAGAAAAUUCAAAUCCCUGCAGAUGUGGAUCCUUUAACAGUGUUUGCUUCCUUGUCCCCUGAGGGAGUUCUUAUAAUUGAAGCACCUCAGACGCCACCCUAUUACCUGUUUGGCUCAGACUACACGGGCGGAGAAGAAGAGAAGACGGAUUUUGACACUCGGGAGGCUGCUGUCGCUUGAUAUCGCCAUGGGUCUGAAAAACAGAGGCUGAUCCAUACCAUGAUCUGCUAUCUGCCCAAUGCCUCAUUUUCAUCCAGAAAAACAGAAAGAAAAAAUGCUGCAACUCUUAAACAGCUCACCACGCAACAAGGCAUUAUGCAGCUGCCUGAUUACAGAGACUUGUAUUCAUCGAUUACAUCCAAAUCCCCUCCUUUACCAUCUGUUCUUUAUACUACAUGUAAAACAUAUGUAAAUAAUUUUGUUUUAUAUAUUUCAUCCAUAGAGGUCUUACAAAUCUGUGUAAUAUUUGUAUAUCAGACUAAAGUUUUCCUAAACUAAUAAUUCUUUAAAAUAUAUUAUUGGGAAGUGUUAUUGUUAAUGAGUAAUGAAAAUAGUUUGAGACUGCUGUAUUCUUUUUACACAAUAAAAUGUUUUAUUGACCAUUAAUUCAUUUUCAGACUUUUGCAAGUAACAUUGCAGGUGUAACAGUAUUUUUUAAAAUACAGUAAUUUCAUUGUG